CUUUAAAGCUCGACGAAAUGGGUGUCUGAAUCUGUGACCAAGUUGGCGUUUUUUUAUAAAAAAAAUGGAGGGCACCCAAAUCGUGAAAGUGAAGCAUGAGUUCAUUGAGGUGUGUAGUGAUGAUGAAGAAGAGUCGUCGUCGUCGGCGCCGUCGAUCAAGCUCGGUCUUGCGGUCGGCGGUGGAGAGGUGGGGAAGAGGAGGAGGAGUAGUGAGUUCACGGCGGCGCAGUUGAAUGAGCUGGAGCAGCAGAGGGUUAUAUAUCAGUAUAUAGCUGCGGGGUUGCCUGCUCCGUUUCAGCUUGUGCUUCCCAUUUGGAAGAGUGUGGCUGGCGCCAGUUUUUCAAACGCUGCUGUCUACCAGCAAUAUCCCAGCUUUGUAAGAUAUGGGGGUUUCGACUACAGGAAUAAAAUGGAUCCUGAGCCAGGAAGGUGUAGAAGAACUGAUGGAAAAAAAUGGAGGUGUAGAAGGGAUGUAGUUCCUUAUGAGAAGUACUGUCAGAAACACAUACACAGAGGGCGCCAACGUUCAAGAAAGCCUGUGGAAGCUUCUGAAGUCACUCCUCCUCCCAGCACAACGCUGCUCAAGAAUUCAGGAGGGGAAUUGUUAAAUUCAAAGAAAAACAUUCAGAUUCAAACCCAAAAAGGCCUUCUACUUAUGGCGCAACCCUCCAAUAGCGUUAGUGUCUGCCACAGUCCAACCACCUCUAGUGGCUAUCAUGAGUUAGCUAAGAAUAGUAGUACAGUUGCAUACACUACCAGCACUCCUUCAUACAUAACCGCUACUACCCCUGCUGCUGCUGCCCCUUCCACCACUGCUGGACAAAUGCCCGUAACCACUAGCGCUUCCGUUGACAAUAACAUCUUGAUUGGUGCAAAAGACAAUGGUUACAGCUACCAUGCUAAUAAUUAUGGCAUUAUCAGAGGAAGCAGAAACACCAUCAAUGUUGGUAGUAAUAUAGCACCUGGAUUAGGCUUCUCCCCCAAAAGUGUUCUCCAGGCAGGACAUAUGACUCUUGUAAGUUGCAAUGGCUUAUACUUUGACAAUGGAAGUGGCGAAGAACUUGAACCAGGCAGGUGUAGGAGGACAGAUGGAAAGAAGUGGCGGUGCAAAAGUAAUGUUCUUCCUAAUCAGAAGUAUUGUGACCGGCAUAUCCACAGAGGAGUAAAGCAAAUGAGAACCUCCAGCCCUGUUGCCACUGCUUCUACCUCAGCCAGUGCAAUGAAUUCUACUCGGCCCUCUCAGAUCACAGGAAUAGCUGAAGAAAUCCCUAGUACAAAUCUCACCAUGUCCAUCCCAGCAAGAUCACCACUGGUGCAAAAUGAUGAAAAAAGCAAUUCCAGCAGUGACAGUGACGCAACCAUUACGGACACCAGCCUUUCUGCUUAUGAACAGCUAAGUUAGGUACCUCUGCAUCAAAUUUCUACAAGAAAAAAGGAAUUUCGAAAGCAAGAAAAAACAGAAUUGGGCGAUGUGUAUUGUAGCUUUUAAAUUGGUAAAAUCAAAACUGCCUUGUGCAAUGUGGGGAAAUAUUAGCCUAUCCUUUACGGUUGACAGUUGACACCAGGUUCAUGCGUUUUUUGGU